AGACAGAGUCAACAAAAGCCCUAAUCUUUUCAUACCUGACUGACACAGACACUAACUAUCUUUCUGUGUCAUAAACUCAUUUCGUGUUCCAAUUUCAAAGUGUUUAUCUGUCUGUACUAAUGUAAUCCUCAAAUUAGGAAAUUUAUCAAUUAAUCUCUUUUUUUAUCUGGUCGUCUCUUAAAUCUCCAGCUUUCUCUUCUUCCCUCGAAUCUCGAAGUUCUAGGGUUUUAGGGGUUUUUCUCAAAUUGAAUUUUCCAGAUCUCAUCAUCUAAGUCAGUCCUCUAGGGGAUUUCUCAUCUGAGUCUUGUGGGGCGAUGGCGGAUGAGAAGAACGGUGGACGUCUGAGUGACGCUAGUGACUACUCGUCGGAGGACGAAGGAACAGAAGAUUACAGAAGAGGAGGUUACCAUGAGGUUCGAGUCGGUGAUACUUUUAAGAAUGGAUCUUAUGUCAUUCAGAGUAAGCUUGGUUGGGGACAUUUCUCCACUGUCUGGCUCGCUUGGGACUCUCUAAAAUCUCGAUACGUAGCUUUGAAAAUCCAGAAGAGUGCUCAGCACUACACUGAGGCGGCGAUGGAUGAGAUAAAGAUCUUGAAACAGAUAGCUGAAGGUGACGCCGAAGAUAAGAAGUGUGUUGUGAAGCUUCUUGAUCAUUUCAAGCACGCAGGUCCUAAUGGGCAACAUGUUUGUAUGGUCUUUGAGUAUUUGGGAGAUAACCUCUUGUCGGUUAUCAAGUACAGCGAUUACCGAGGGGUUCCUCUUCAUAUGGUUAAAGAGCUCUGUUUUCAUAUUUUGGUUGGAUUGGAUUAUCUUCAUCGCGAACUUUCGAUUAUUCAUACUGAUAUCAAGCCGGAGAACAUUCUGCUUUGUUCCACUAUUGACCCUGAAGCAGAUGCUCGGAAAUCGGGGAUUCCUCUUGUUCUUCCAACUGCUAAGGAGAAGGCUGUUCCUGAGAGACAGGCUGAAAAGGAGAAACCCAAGAGUUACACGUACAGUGCGGAUUUGACUAAGAAUCAGAAAAAGAAGAUUCGGAAGAAAGCUAAGAAAGUGGAAGGUCAAGGAUGUGGUGGAGAGGAAGGUUCAGAGGAUAAUGAGAGAGAUUCUAACUCUGAAACAAGACCAAACGGAAAUGCAACUGUGGAGUGGUCGGAAGAGAGUUCUGAAAGAGUAAAAGAUGCAGAGAAUGUUAGUCAAAAGAGCCGGGGCAAUAGGAGAGGAAGUCGAUCCACGCGGCAAAAGUUUCUUGCGGAUGUUGAUCGGAAAUGCAAGUUGGUGGAUUUUGGGAAUGCGUGUUGGACUUAUAAACAGUUUACGAGUGAUAUUCAGACAAGACAGUACCGGUGCCCUGAGGUUGUUCUUGGCUCAAAAUACUCAACCUCAGCGGAUAUGUGGUCAUUUGCUUGUAUUUGUUUUGAGCUUGCCACCGGAGAUGUUCUAUUCGAUCCUCACAGUGGUGAAAACUUUGAGCGGGAUGAGGAUCACUUGGCAUUGAUGAUGGAGCUUCUCGGGAUGAUGCCACGAAAGAUUGCAUUAGGUGGACGCCAUUCGCGGGAUUUCUUCAACCGACAGGGUGAACUGAGGCACAUCAGGCGGUUACGGUUUUGGCCACUUAGCAAGGUCUUAACAGAUAAAUAUGACUUCAGUGAGGAAGACGCAAUUGCUAUGCAAGAUUUCAUCAUUCCCAUUCUUGAAUUUGUACCUGAGAAGAGACCGACGGCUGCUCAAUGCCUAAUGCACCCAUGGAUGAAUCCGGUCCCAAAAUCACUGAAACCGUCACCGAGUCCACAAAAUCCCAAAGAUGAAGAAGUAUCACAUGAGAAUAAAACGAAGGAAAAUGAUGAGAGGGAAGCCAUGGAGGUUGGUGUUGGGAAUAUCGCCAUUGAUGGCUCAGAACCAAAGACCUCAGCAAGAGAAGGUCGUCAAUCUGCUCGUGAUCUUCGCACUUAAAGAAACAAAAAAAAUUCCUGGAAAAAAGUUUUGUAUUUUUUCUCUGAAUCUCAAAGAUUUAGAUACUGUAUUGUUUUUUUCUCCCUUCACUCUUGCACACUAAAAGAUAUGAAAUUUUGCUUUCGACCCAGCUUA